AGCCACACAAACGGAGCCAAGCCAAGCGGAGUACCGAGAGAAACACCUAUAAAAAAAUCCACUGAUAAAGUCAAGCAGCAGCAACCAGUUCAAGGAGUCAUAAGGAUAAUGCGUAGCUGGCUUUUAUUGGGAUUAUAUGCGCUGCUAAUCGCCGCAACAGUUGGCCAGCCGCUGGAGCAGAAUGCGCCCGCCGACAAGCAGCAGCAGCAGCAGGAGGAGCGAGGAGAGCGUGUGAGUCGCCAAAUUGGCUAUGGAGGAUAUGGUGGCUACGGUGGAUAUGGCGGCGGCUACGGUGGAUAUGGCGGUUACGGCAUGCGCUAUCCUUAUUAUCCUUAUGGCAAUCUGUAUGGCUCCAGCCUCGGGCUGGGACUGGGACUGGGACAGGGACUGACUGGCAGCGGAUAUUAUGGCCGUCCUUAUGGUUAUGGCAAUGGCUACAAUAUUGGAUAUCCGCUCAUUGGCGGCUUUGGUGCUACUGCCGGCGGCGGCAUCGGCGGCGGCAUCUAUGGCGGUGCACCAUUCGCUUAAGAACCCAACAAAAAAAUAAGAGUAAAAAUAGAAAACGAUAAACGAAAAAACACUUGACAGU